AUGGACUCAGAACAAAUUUUCAGCUACAGAACAACCGGUCAAACCUCAUCAUACCCACAAACUCCCCCAAUUCCCACAAAACUAAUCAAUUCCCUAAAAUUCGAAUCAAGAAACUCCCCAAAAUCCCCAUUUUUAACACCUUUCGAUUCAGAAACAUUCACCGCAUUAAGCGACAACAGCCCUUCUUCCGUUGAAGAUUGCACCUCUUUUAACCACAGUGGCACUGCUUACAUGAAAAAUGCUCUUCACGAUAUAGAAACCACCCUAAUGGCUCCAGAUGAUGACGUCACCAUGCCCAUGACCUGUAUGGGUCAACCCGGAUCCAAUCUAAACAACUUGCUUAUCGCAUGUGCAAGUGCUUUAGCAAGCAACAAGCCUGACGAAUUUGAAAAAUUAGUGGAACAAGCAAGGGCAUUUGUGUCAAUUAGCGGCGACCCAAUUCAACGACUAGGCGCGUAUAUAGUCGAAGGGUUGGUAGCAAGAAAGGAAUGUUCAGGGAACAAUAUUUAUCGGGCUUUAAGGUGUAAAGAACCCGAAGGUAAAGAAUUACUUUCCUACAUGCAUAUUUUAUACGAAAUUUGCCCGUAUUUGAAAUUCGGGUAUAUGGCUGCAAACGGGGCAAUAGCCGAAGCGGUUAGAACUGAAGACCGUAUCCACAUCAUUGACUUCCAAAUAGCCCAAGGCACCCAAUGGAUGACCCUUUUACAAGCCCUAGCGGCCCGGCCCGGUGGGCCCCCACACGUGCGUAUCACCGGAAUCGACGAUCCCGUUUCCCGAUACGCACGUGGCGAUUCUCUGGAAUUGGUCGGGAAACGGUUGGAAUCGGUUUCCCAAAAGUUCAAAAUCCCAAUCGAGUUUAAUCCGAUUCAAGUAUUCGCACCGUUUGUGACUAAAGAAAUGCUCGAUGUGAGGCCCGGUGAGGCUCUCGCAGUCAAUUUUGCCCUUCAAUUGCAUCACAUGGCGGAUGAGAGCGUUGACUUGUCAAACCCUAGAGACGAGAGGUUAAGAAUGGUGAAAUCUUUGAACCCGAAGGUUGUAACGUUAGUUGAACAAGAAUCGAAUACGAAUACUGCGGCGUUCUUUCCAAGAUUCUUGGAGGUUUUGGACUAUUACACUGCGAUGUUUGAAAGUAUGGAUGUGACGUUACCGAUCGAUAGGAAAAAGAGGAUUAAGGUUGAACAACAUUGUUUGGCGCGAGAUAUUGUGAAUAUUAUUGCGUGUGAAGGUAAGGAAAGAGUGGAAAGACAUGAGUUGCUUAUGAAGUGGAGGUCGAGGUUUAUGAUGGCGGGAUUUACGCAGUGUUCGUUGAGUCCGUAUGUGAAUUCGGUUAUUAGGAAUCUUUUGAAGCGUUAUUCAGAGAAUUAUACGUUGGUUGAAAAAGAUGGAGCUAUGUUGUUGGGGUGGAAAGAGAGGAAUCUUAUUUCGGCAUCUGCAUGGCAUUGA